GAACUGCUGCUGUCAGCACACUCGCUGUCAUCCGGGCAAUUUUCAGCAUACGUGUUGUCAUGUGACUCUGAUUCAGCCAUCUUGUGGAUACGAAACGAGAGACGCAACUCGCACACAAACUCAGCGCUGUCAGUAAAAGCAGAGACUUUCAAGGAAAAUGGCAGAAACCCAGACACUUAACUUUGGACCAGAAUGGCUCCGCGCCCUGUCUGGUGGAGUGGGUAGCAGCACCGUGGCCUCCCCUCCACUCUCACCUGCAAUGCCAAAGUAUAAACUUGCAGACUAUCGCUACGGGAGAGAAGAGAUGCUAGCACUUUAUGUAAAAGAUAACAUGAUUCCUGUAGAUCUUCAUGAUAAGGAAUUUCUACCUAUUUUACAAGAGGAGCCCCUGCUACCAUUGGCAUUAGUCCCAUUUACAGAGGAGGAACAGAGAAAUUUCUCCAUGUCUGUAAACAGUGCAGCAGUACUCCGUCUGACAGGAAGAGGUGGAGGGCCAGUAGCAGGGGCACCCAGAGGGCGAAGUUCUUCACGGGGGCGAGGGAGGGGCAGAGGAGAUGGAGGUUUUUACCAAAGAAGUUUUGAUGAUGUGGAGGGAGGUUUUGGCCAUGGAGUCAAAGAGAUGCAUCGCUCCCAGAGUUGGGAGGAGAGGGGAGACAGAAGGUUUGAAAAGCCAGGUCGAAAAGAUCCAGAUGGAGCACCAGCCCAUUUUCCACUCAAUCACAUACGGGCAAACUAUGAGGAUGCUGGUGCAGCGAACGCUCGAAAGCUCGAGUUCAUUCGCUCAGAGAGUGACAACUGGCGCAUGUCUCGAGAUGAGCAAAAUGGAGAGGAUGAUGAUGGGGGCUGGAGGCCUGUGGGUUCUCGUCGGGAUAAUGAACGAUGGUGUCCUCCGAGUCCAGAUGGCCCACGAUCAGCAGGGUGGCGGGAACACCCGGAUCAACGUCGGCGCUUCCCUUUCGACUCAAGGGGUGAAGAUGGUUACCGUAGACCUCGGUCAGGCAGCGGGAGUGUAGAAGAGGAGAGAGACAGUUUGCCAGAAUGGUGUCUGGAAGAUGCAGAGGAGGAAACGGGGACAUUUGACUCCUCUGGGGCCUUCCUCUCACUCAAGAAAGCUCCUAAGGAGCCGAUCCUGGAAGAGGCGGAGCUGGACUUCCGGCCACUGGAAGAGAAUGAAGAAUGCACAGAAAAGCAUAACAGUGAAUCAGAACAAACCAAAGAUACUGACACAGAAAGUAGUAGACGCGAAAGUGACCGAAAUGAAGAAGGCAGUAAAUCGGAAGAGCCUUCUCCAGUUGCUGUACCGUUUCCAGCGGUGGUGACGCCUCCCAAGGCUGUGACCCCGACUCCCCUUCCACCUGUGCACCCGGAACCAGCUGUAGAAAGUGAGAGAGCGUUGGAGCGAACGACAGUAACAGAACUCAGACCUGAACUCAGUAAAGCACCACUACACACAACUCUACCAAACAGCAUUAUGGAGGCUAUUUCCAUACCACAUGUCACAAAAACACUCCCAGAUCUUCCGGUCCCGGCGCCUUCAGUGCUCCCCGUUCAGUCGGUGCCCACUCAAACCCAGCAGAUAAAGCCUUUGGAGAUGCCAGUGGCUGUGGCUCCUGUUCUCCCCCACUCCAUGGGCAUUGUGGGCUCUAUAAGCCGGCCCUCUCUCCUGCCCUCUGACAUGGAUGAGGAUGAGGGACUCAAGCACUUUGAGCAGGAAGCUGAGAAAAUGGUGGCCUACCUGCAGGAUGGCGGUGUGGACGAUGAGCGUUUGGCAACUAAGAUUGGUCACAAACCCACAGCUCUUCCCAUUACCCAUGAGGCUGCAUUCAAAUGGUUUUACAAAGAUCCACAGGGAGAGAUCCAAGGACCUUUUAAUAACCAGGAGAUGUCUGAGUGGUUUCAGGCAGGCUAUUUCACCAUGACCUUGCAGGUGAAGCGAGGCUGUGAUGAGAUGUUUCAGCCCCUGGGAGAGAUGAUGAAGUUGUGGGGACGAGUGCCGUUUACAGCCGGCCCUACACUACCUCCCAUACUGGGAGAUGAUCAAGAGAGGAUGAAGAGACAACAGGAGAUGAAUGUUCUAAAUAUGUAUCAGCUACAGCAGUUGCAAUAUCAGUACUUACUCAGGCAACAAUAUGCUUUGGCUCAGCAGAAAGUUUUAAGCUCUGCACCUCCUCCACAACAGCAGCAGCUCAAUCUCCUCCUCCAUCAGGCACUUAAGAUCAGAACCCCAGAGCCACAACAGAACCUCUUACCUCCUGUCACGCGCUCCAUGUCAGUUCCAGACUCGGGAUCUGUUUGGGAAAUGCAGAACCCUUCCACUCAGGCAUCCUGUUCUCCAAACAUGCAGCCCUCUACUCCCAGCACUUGGGAAGGAAGUAGCGUAUGGGAUCUGCCACUAGACUCCAUGCCUCAAGCGUCUUCCAUUGAACAGAUGCAGAUGGAGAAAGCCAAAGCUUUGAAGCUUGAGAUGGAGAGACGAGAGGCAGAGCUUCGGACUAAAAGGGAAGAGGAGGAGAGGAAGCGACUGGAAGAGGCACUGCGUGCUAGACAAGAGGAGGAGCGCAAACGUCUGGAGGAAGAAGAGCUGGCACGGCGCAAACAGGAGGAGGCUCUCCAGAGGCAGCGGGAGCAGGAGGAGGCCCAGCGGCGGAAGAAAGAGGAGGAGGAAAGGUUAGCUCAAGAGGAGGCCCUCCGUCGGCUGGAGGAAAGGAGAAGAGAAGAGGAAGAGAGGAGACAAAGGGAAGAAUUCCUCCGCAAGCUUCAGGAAGAGGAGCGGAGGAAACAGGAACAACUGGAAGCUCAGAGGCGACUUGAGGAAGAGAAGAGGCUAGAAGAGGAGGCUGCAGCUGCUGCACUGGAGAGGCAACAGCAGGAGGAGCAGAAGAGGAGAGAGCAGGAGGCUCAGAGACAGCAGGAGUUACAGAGACAGCGGCAGCAACAGCAGGAGGCGCUCCGUCGACUGCAGCAGCAGCAGCAACAACAGCAGCUCGCACAGAUGAAGCUCCCAUCAUCCUCUAAGUGGGGUCAGCAGUCGACCACAGCAAACACCCUCUCACAGUCUCAAAAUGCACUGUCGCUCGCUGAAAUCCAGAAACUGGAGGAAGAGAGAGAACGACAGACACAGGAAGAGCAAAGACGACAGCAGCAAGAGUUCCAGAGGAUCCAGCAGCAGCAACCUCAGACGAAGCUCUCGGGCUGGGGCAAUGUGGCCAAGCAGCCAGCGGCCACCAAGUCUCUGCUGGAAAUCCAGAGAGAGGAAGCGCAGCAGGUGAAACAACGGAAGGAGCAGCAGCAACAACCGCAGCAACAACCGCAGCAGCAGCAAAACUCAACCGUUACCCAGCAGAACCGCACACAGAACCGAGUGGCCCUCAAUUCAUCAGUGUGGGCUUCUGUUAGUAAUGUCGGCUCUAACUGGAUGAUGGACAGCAGUAUCUGGGGUGAUGCUCAGAACUCUAAUAUUGGCUUCUGGGAUGAAGCAGUAAAGGAGGCCGCCCCACCUCAGGCCACACGAAAGAGCCACAAUCAGAAGAACAAGGGAAACGCUAACCUCAGUAAUAGCAGCAGUGGUAAAGCCAGUAAAAAGGUGGAAGAGGAAGAGAAGCUAGUGAAACUUUUCCAGGGAGCCAAUAAGAACCAGGACGGCUUUAUGCAGUGGUGUGAACAGACUCUACACACUCUCAACACAGCCAAUAACUUUGACGUCCCCACAUUUGCAUCAUUCCUGAAGGAAGUGGAUUCACCGUACGAGGUACACGACUAUGUGAGAGCCUACCUGGGCGACACUCCACAGGCCAAGGACUUUGCCAAGCAGUUUCUGGAGCGCCGUGCCAAACAGAACGCUAACCAGCAAAAACCUCAGCAGAGCCAGCCGCAAAAACAGCAGGACUCUGUGAGGGGAUUGAGCCAAGUGUCACAGUCAGUACUGCACCAACAGCAGCAGCGGUUUGAGACGGUCACCUCAGGCAAGAAGAAGAAGAAACAGAAGAUGGUACGAGCCGACCCGAGCCUUCUAGGUUUUUCUGUCAAUGCCUCGUCUGACAGACUCAACAUGGGUGAGAUUGAGACAGUGGAAGACAUUUGAGGCCUGCUGAUGAACAAGCUCCCCCUACUGACUGUUUCCCUUCUCAACAGUGUCCCUCAUAUUCUCUCUCAAACCUUUUCCUCCUUUCUCUUGUUUUUUUUUUUAAUCCUCAAUUCUUCAGUUUGAAAUAGAUUUGGGACAGCAAGUUUUUUUUUCCCCUCCCAGAGGAAACCACAGUUGCAAUAACAGCGCUGCCCCGCGGCUACGAAAAGAACCAAAAACGUAAAGCCCUGAGAAAAGGAAUAGAGAGCCUUGCUUCUGCAGGAGAGGAGCCAACCGAAUUCACUGUGACGCUCCACUGAGAUGGAGUGUCUGCUCAUGAUCAUGCUCAUCUCCCGACUGAUGUUUCUUUAAGUGUGAAUAAAAGGAGUGCAGAGGAAAAAAAUUGUAUUAUCCCCAUUACAACUUCCUUUUUUAAUUUAUUUGUUCCUCCCCUCAUUCUUUUAGUGCUUUCCAUUUUCUUCCUUCUCUCCUCUCCCACUUUGCUGCCCCCUAUGUUGAUGGACGUCGAUAACAACGUAGGACUCGAGGAAAUGUAAUCAACAGUGUCCUGUUUUAAGGACAUGUUUGAAAGUUCCAGACCGUUAUCCAUUUCUUUGUAAAAUAUUAGGCUGUUUAAAGAAUAAACUUUAAAUUCUGCAUCUGUAUAAUAAUAUAUGGAAAUGAUGAA